CUUCGGUGCAAAAUGUUUCUCGGAAAAAGACUUUAAUCUCGCAGCGAUAAAACAGUUAACAGUUUGUUUCAAUCCACAGCAAAUCUUUAACAAAGUACACUGAAAGCAGUAACAUGGCAUGCAAUGCAUUAAAAGACUCACUUUUCUAUUCUCCGAGAGCUUCGUACCUUGCCGUUGUGGCGAUCGAUUUUGGGACGACCUACAGUGGAUUUGCAUUUUCUUUUAUUAAAGACCUAGGAAAGGACGCCAUCUUUAUGAACCUGGACUGGGUGAAUGAACAGGGUGGCCAAACAAGCAAAACUCCAACAUGUCUGCUACUCAAACCUGACCUGUCAUUCGACUCGUUUGGUUAUGAUGCUAUUGAGAAGUAUGCAGAUCUACAAGGAGAGAGCGAAGAAAAGGAAUACUUCUUUUUCAAGCACUUUAAAAUGGCUCUGCACAGUGAUGAGAGCUUGAACAUCAAAACUGCUAUCAAAGCAGCCAACGGACAGUCAGUUGAAGCUAAGACAGUGUUUGCACGUUCCAUCAGGUUUCUUAAAGAGGAGGCGCUAAAAGUUAUUUGCCAACGGACUGGAGAUGACCACUACAACGCUAACGAUAUCCAGUGGGUUCUAACAGUCCCAGCAAUAUGGACCCCAAAAGCUAAACAGUUCAUGAGAGAAGCUGCUUAUGAGGCAGGUGUGGGAUCCUCAGAAAAUGCAGAGCAACUAAUAAUUGCUUUGGAGCCGGAAGCGGCAGCAAUAUUUUGUCAGGAGAAGAAUAUGAAUGAUUUUCAGGCAGAAACUGGCAGCAGACCUGUGGAUGGAAUACUGUCUCAGUUAAAUACACACUACAUUGUCGUUGACAUUGGUGGGGGCACGCUUGACGUGACCGUACAUGAAAUACAAGAGGAUGGUGCCGUCAAGGAGAUCCACAAAGUUACAGGGGGCCCUUACGGCGGAAUAUACGUAAAUCAUCGAUUCGAGAGCCUCUUGGAAGACUUGCUUGGUGCGAAAAAACUUCAAACGUAUCGCAACCAGUUUCCAUCUGAUUGGCUAUCUUUGAUGAAUGAGUUCGAAGCCAAAAAGCGAGGGAACCGCAUCCUAGACAGCAGCUUGAUGACAAACAUCCGAUUACCACGCAGCUUUGUGUCCCUGGUAAAUCAGACAAAAAGUCCAGUGAUGGAACGGUAUGGAGAAAAAGAAGUAAAGCUGAAAAAUAAUGAGUAUCUUUCUCUGAGUUCAGGAAUCAUGAAAGGACUAUUUACUCCUGUGGUGAAAAGUAUAAAGAAACAUCUGAAAACCCUGCUGAGAAAGCCAAGCCUCUCAAAAGUGCAAACCAUGCUUCUCGUUGGCGGCUUCGCCGAAUCUGCUUUCCUUCAAGAAGAAAUAAAAAAGGAAUUUUCAAGGUCUCUCAGAGUCCUUGUUCCCCGUCAUGCAACCACAGCAGUUGUCCAAGGUGCUGUGAUCUUCGGCAAAAAACCCUCGAAAAUAACCGAAAGAGUCGUCUGCACAACUUACGGCGCUGACAGCUGCCCCGAUUUUGUCGAGGGUGUUCAUCCGGAAGAAAAGAAGUUUAUCGCAGAUGGCGUUGAGAAGUGCGAUGACGUAUUUAAUUGCUUUGUAAAGGAAAAUAAAGCGGUUAAACUUGGUGAGAGAAUAACCAAGAGAUACAAGCCAGUGUACGCGAACCAAACAAGACUUCAAUGUGGAUUCUACGUCACAGGCAAUCCUAAUACUCAGUUUGUCACUGAUCCUGGAGUAACUAAGAUUGGAAGUGUCGUGGUUAAGUCCCCUGAUAUCUGGAGAGGUAAAGAUAGGAAAAUAGAAGUCUGCAUGUAUUUUGGUGGAACAGAAAUAACCGCGACAGCUUGGGACGUCUCAAGUGGAAACAAGGCUCAAAGCUCUUAGUUUAAUAAAUCUUCACAUUUAGAAGGGCAUUUCCUUGAAUCUCAUUACAAUAAUCACUUUUUGAUAAAAUCCGUUCGGAACAGGCAAGCUAAAAUUGCGGUCCAGUGCAUGCACGAAGUUCAUACCCUGUGUUCUACAGGUUGAUAUUAGCCAAUAAGGCAUAAAGUUAGUUCUCUUUUGUUAGCUGGUGACAGAUUAGAAGGGAACCAAUAGCUCGUUUUAUGUUAGGGUUAUUUAAUUUACAUCACAUUUAGGGACAAUUUUCUAAGCGUCUACCUCGCUUAGCAUAAUUCUUAUUGCCUAUUCAGUCAAACACUAUGACUGAUUUCGCGCGCCAAGGAAUAUCCCACCAGUCGCUUGUGUUUUCUCAGUAUACACACGAGCCUUAUGUGAGAAUGUUCGCCAAGAAAAUUCCAGUGACAGGUGGGAUAUUCCAUGAUACACAAAGAGAAAGCGUUGCAUAACUAUUUUAUACCAUGAUAGAAAAUACAUUGGCCAACACGAUCAAUACGACGCAGGCGUAGCGUACAAUGGGAAGGUUGGGUGUAAUACCACCGAGUAUAAAAUGGCUUUCCUGUUUUCUGAUUGGCUGUAAUUCCUAUGGCAUAGUAUAAAUGUGUGUAUGUUUUUAGAUAGUAUCAUUUCCCGCGCGGUAGAAGUCUACAUUUGUGCGAAGCGUUGCUAAGCUUCCAUGUUUAGCUUCUAUUCAAACCUUUGCAUGAUAGUACUCAGUUUAGGAAAUAUGAAUCAUUCUAUCAUUUUUGAACUUUAUCGAAUCUUUCGCGUGCAGUAAUCAUAAAAUUCUGACUACACUAAUAUGAGACAUUCAAUGUGAAUAAUUCAUGGGGGAUGUGUCUGGCAGUCAUCUGAUGUAGGACCAUAUAAAUGUAUUCCGUCUUACAACAUAGUCUGUAUCCUUGCAAAUUACAACUAUUGGUUCUAACAAUUAGAACCUGUGCUACGCCAGGUACGAAAACCACUAAAACACAACCUUUUAGAUGUGGCCAAAAUAUAUGUUCAUGUGGAAACGUAUUCCUCGUCUAAUGCAGUAGCAUUACACCCCGAGGAAAGGGUACAAAAUCAGUAACGUAGGAUAUUUACAAUUAUUCAUACAAGUUGUUAUAGCAAAAGCUUACUAAUAAUAAAAAAGAGGAUGAACAUAAAGACUGACCUAAAUCUCCCGCCAAAUGCCUAAAUAGUCCCUAAACGUCCCAUUAGACCCUGCAAGUCUCUCCCUCGCGCCGAUCGUGCCGUCAGAAUGAUAAAUUUCUGACUAAUUCGUUCCAGUCGUCAGAAAUAACAUUUUUUCCCUAGACUCAAGUUUGCAGUUUCAUCUCGCAAAAUAUAUACUUGGAAAAUAAUUAUUCUUGCGUUUUCUGGUUUGACCGUUACCAGACAAGGAA